GCCGUGGGAAUGGAAACAUCUGCCCCACGUGCCGGAAGCCAAGUGGUGGCGACAACUGCGUGCCACUCCGCGUCCUACGGCGCAGAUCCUCUACGUGUGUCCUCGCGAGACAAGCUCACCGAAAUGGCCGCGUCCAGUCAAGGAAAGUUUGAGGGAAAUUUUGAGUCACUGGACCUUGCGGAAUUUGCUAAGAAGCAGCCAUGGUGGCGUAAGCUCUUCGGGCAGGAAUCUGGACCUUCAGCAGAAAAGUAUAGCGUGGCAACCCAGCUGUUCAUUGGAGGUGUCACUGGAUGGUGCACGGGUUUCAUAUUCCAGAAGAUUGGAAAGUUGGCUGCAACAGCUGUGGGAGGUGGAUUUUUUCUCCUUCAGCUUGCAAACCAUACUGGGUACAUCAAAGUUGACUGGCAACGAGUGGAGAAGGACAUGAAGAAAGCCAAAGAGCAGCUGAAGAUCCGUAAGAGCAAUCAGAUACCUACUGAGGUCAGGAGCAAAGCUGAGGAGGUGGUGUCAUUUGUGAAGAAGAAUGUUCUAGUGACUGGGGGAUUUUUCGGAGGCUUUCUGCUUGCCGUGGCAUCCUAAGGAAGAUGACCUCAUGUUCAUUGUUCCUGAUUUUUUCCAGCCAGCAGCCUCUACACUCCAUCAUAGGACAUCGAGUCCCUCCUCCUCUUCUCCCAUGCCUUCCUCCCUGCCAUGGCAAAUCCCAGUGGCUUCUAUAAGCAUCUGCUGGUACAAGUUAAUGUGGCACCAUGAGCUUGAUGGUGGCAGAAGAGACAAUAGUCCUUAGCUCUCCUCCCAGUACACCCCCUACUUGGUCAGUCUGUAGGUCAACAAGAAGGUUCCUUUGCCGCUAUGCAAGACACUUAUGAGAAAGCAUUGCAAGAUGGCUGACCGUGGAGGAUGAAUGGAUUCUGAAAGGUUGUCCCAAACUGUUGAUUUGGAAAAGAAAUAAGCACAUAGAUAACCUUAUUGUGUGCUGCAUGGAAAGGAACUGAAUACAUUUGCCUUUAAGCAUGAAAAAAAAUUCAAAACAUUUAGUCCA